AUGGCGGAUGAUGACCAGCAGUGGAAGAUCCCACCCAACGUGCAGGAGCUGGCGGCAGCUGGCCCGGAGGAGCCGCCGAGCCGGUACGUGGUCCGCGACCAUGACCGCCCCGCGCUCGCCGGCGCUGGCAGCGACGUCACGGACCCCAUCCCCGUCGUCGACCUCGGCCGCCUGUCCUCCGGCGACGCAGACGAGGCGGCCAAGCUGCGGUCCGCCCUCCAGACCUGGGGCCUCUUCCUGGCCGUCGGGCAUGGGAUCGAGCCGGCUCUCCUGGGCGAGAUGAUGGCCGUGACGAGGGAGUUCUUCAACCUCCCGCUGGAAGAGAAGCAGAGGUACACCAACCUGGUCGGCGACAAGAAAGAGUACAGGAUCGAGGGGUACGGCGGCGACAUGGUCCUGUCGGAGACCCAGGUCCUGGACUGGUGCGACCGGUUCUACCUCGUCGUGGACCCGGAGUCGCGGCGCCUCCACGACCUCUGGCCGACGCGGCCGCCCUCCUUCCGGGACGUCCUGCACCGGUACUCCGCGCGGUGCAGGGAGCUCGCCGACGCCGUGCUCCGGGAGGCCGCCGGCGCGGCGGGGCUCCCCGACCAGGGGCGCCUGGCCGACAUGCUGGACGAGAAGGCCGUGACCUACGUCCGGCUCAACUGCUACCCCCCAAGCCCGCGCCCCGACCGCGUGCUCGGGUUCAGGCCCCACUCCGACGGCGGCGCGCUCACCGUCCUCCUCGCCGAGACCGCCGGGCUCCAGGUGCGCCGCGACGACGACGCAGGCGGCGGUGGAUGGCACGACGUGCCCGUGGUGCCCGGCGCGCUGGUGGUGAACCUCGGGGACACGGUGGAGGUGGUGAGCAACGGGGUGCUGAGGAGCCCCGUGCACAGGGUGGUGGCGGGCGCGGAGAGGGGGCGGGUGUCCAUGGCGAUGUUCUACACGGUGGACCCGGAGAGGGAGGUGGAGCCGGCGCCGGAGCUGGUGAGCGAGGAGAGGCCGAGGCGGUACGAGAAGACCAAGAAGAGCGGCGACUACGUCAGGAAGCUGCUGGAGAGCUUGGCGCGAGGGGAGCGGGCCAUCGACAAGGUGAAGGUCGUCUGA